AUGAUAAUCGAUAUAUCGAUUGAACAUACACGUAAAUUUUCAGCAAUUUCUCGGAUCGAGGCCAAACUGACCAUACCAGAAAAGAUUGGACGGCUGGCAGGAUGGGAUAAAUGCGUAUCGCUUAGUCCAACUGGUCGUGUAGUUGAACGAGAUGGUGGUGAAUGGUGGAGUGAUGGCUGUCGUCAUUGUUUCUGCGAACAGAAGCAGGAGUACUGUUCGUUGAUAUCAUGCGCACCAAGGCCUGCAGAUUGUGCCGAAGAGAAUUGGGUACACGAAGAAGGUAAUUUUUGGUUUUCUCUGAGUUGGGCUAUACUCUCACCUUAUUGCGCAUUGAUUGCCCGAACAGACUUGCGUCGUGAUUGUGCGGAUUUGCAUGUGAGUCAUGGUACCUUUGUGUCUUUUCGCGGCAGAACCAUGUCUGUACCCUACAAUUUCUCCCCGCUCUCUCCUUGGCUGCUUGCCAGCGCUACUCUCCACUUUUAGCG